UCCAGCUGCGUUGGGGUAGAGGAGCACCAUGCUGUUGACAUUGAUCUGUACCAUUGUCCCAACUGUGCAAUUCUCCAUGGACCUUCUCUAAUGAAGAAGAGGAGGAACUGGCAUAGACAUGACUAUACAGAGUUGGAUGAUGGCUCCAAACCGGUGCAGGCUGGAACACGGACCUUCAUUAAGCAGCUGCGGGCUCGCUCUUUCCCAAGUGCGGAUGAAGUAAUUUUGAAAAUGCAUGGAAGCCAGCUGACACAAAGAUACUUGGAGAAACAUGGGUUUGAUGUUCCCAUUAUGGUUCCUAAAUUAGAUGGUCUGGGGCUUAGACUUCCUCCGCCAAGUUUCUCCGUUUUAGAUGUGGAACGCUAUGUAGGUGGUGACAAAGUGAUAGAUGUAAUAGAUGUAGCAAGACAAGCAGACAGUAAAAUGAAGCUCCAUAAUUAUAUUAAAUAUUUCACAAAUCCUGACCGACCAAAAGUAUUGAAUGUGAUCAGCCUGGAAUUCUCGGACACAAAGAUGUCUGAAUUAGUGGAAGUACCAGAUAUUGCCAGAAAACUUUCAUGGGUGGAAAAUUAUUGGCCAGAUGAUUCUGUCUUCCCGAAGCCUUUUGUUCAGAAGUAUUGCUUGAUGGGUGUCCAGGACAGCUAUACUGAUUUUCAUAUCGAUUUUGGAGGAACAUCAGUUUGGUACCAUGUUCUCUGGGGUGAAAAGAUAUUCUAUUUGAUCAAGCCCACUGAUGAAAAUUUGGCUCUGUAUGAGUCUUGGAGUUCAUCUGUCACCCAGAGUGAAGUAUAUUUUGGGGACAAGGUUGACAAAUGUUACAAAUGUGUUGUGAGACAAGGACACACGUUAUUUGUUCCAACAGGAUGGAUUCAUGCUGUGCUUACAUCUCAGGAUUGUAUGGCUUUUGGAGGAAACUUUUUGCACAACCUCAAUAUCGGCAUGCAGCUCAGGUGUUAUGAGAUGGAGAAGAGGCUAAAAACCCCAGAUCUUUUCAAAUUUCCUUUCUUUGAAGCCAUCUGUUGGUUUGUGGCCAAAAACUUACUGGAAACCUUGAAAGAACUGAGGGAAGAUGGUUUCCAGCCUCCAAGCUAUUUAGUGCAAGGAGUGAAGUCUUUACUUACUGCUUUAAAAUUAUGGAUGAAAAAAGAACUUGUAACAGAACAUGCCUUUGAAAUUCCAGACAACAUUAGGCCUGGGCAUCUCAUAAAAGAGCUCUCAAAAGUGAUUCGUUCAGUAGAGGAGGAGAACAACAAACUAGUUAAAACUCAGGGAAUUCUUGGUGUGAGUUCGACUUCACGGUCUUUGCAUGAAACAACUUCCCCUCACCACUCCAGACGAAGGGUGAGGAAACUGCGAGACCAUGCUACCAAAACUCCUUCUAAUCUGGACAUCCUGGAACUCCACACCAGGGAGGUACUGAAAAGGCUGGAGAUGUCACCGUGGGAGGAGGAUACCACAAGCUCCAGACUGAACGGGAGAUUUAACAAGCCCUUUCAGCCAUCUUCUACAGUACCCGAAUGGCGAACAAAAUGCAACGAUCUUCGCCUUCUGCUAUCAAAUGGAAGAAUAAUUAGAGAUGAGAGACGUCCAUUUACAGAUCGAAGUCUUUACACAGCAGAUAGUGAAGAUGAGGAUGACAGGACAAGGUCAAAAAAGAUGACUGUUAAGGUAGAAGACCAGCCCUCAGGAUCUGAAGGAGAAGGGAAUGCAGAUGCCCAGAAACCACUGAACAUGUUCUUUGAAAGUGUGAAAUCAGAACUCAGGAAUGGAUCUUCAGAGUACUCUGAUGUUUCUGAUUCAGAAGAAUCUGAGCCUGAUUGCACUACACAGCAGAAGGAUUCCUCCACAGAGGAGUCAGAAAGCUCAGGUGAUGAGGAGAAACAGGAAGUCACAUCAAAUUUCAAAGAGGAAUCUAAGGUCGUGAGAGACCUUUGUCAAAAUACUCAGAAGCCAUCCAGAAAUGAAACUCCCACUAAAAAGGAAUGUCCUACCUCGACAAGUACAGAAGAAGAAGCUAUUCAGGGCAUGCUUUCUAUAGCAGGAUUGCACUAUACUACAUGUUUACCAGGUCAUACUCAAAGCACAGACUGCACAGAUAAAAGAACCUCUCAUCAGGAACACAGAAGCUACCCUAGGAGUCGACAUAAAGACAGACAGCCAUCUCAGAGCCACAAAACAACGGAAUGUGGUAGGCCUGUGAAGGAAGAGGAAAGAGACUUGGGGACUUCAGCAUGGGCUAGACACCUGAAUGAAGCUUCAAGGAUUACCCCUCGGGAUACAAGUAAAACUCAAAAAUAUAUCAAGAAAGAGGGUGCAUCAGAAGCCGGUCAUAAGGUUCAGGAAAACAGAAGCAUAGUCCACAACAGUGGCUUGAGUUUUCAGCAUGGCAAGUAUACACGAGACUCCAAUCUAAUUCAAGGGGAAUGUCGGCUGAGUGAUGGCAGCCUUAGCCCUGACAGGCCGUAUGGUGAAACAUCCUUGUCUGUACCACUUCAUCCAACAAAGAGGCCAGCAUCAAAUCCACCUCCUAUCAGCAACCAGGCGACAAAAGGCAAACGUCCAAAGAAAGGAAUGGCAACUGCGAAACAGCGCCUUGGGAAGAUCUUAAAGCUGAACCGGAAUGGCCAUGCACGCUUCUUUGUUUAAUGUAGCUGCUACUUCUACUACUGCUGUCUUUCCUACACAGACCAGUAUUGAGGUCAACAGAGCCUGGAGCUGCUGUUACUCCGCUGCUUGAAGCAGACUUGCAUGUACCAUAUAAAACACUGCCUGAUGAACAAAAAUGAGAGAGAAAAAGAAAAAAAAAAUAA